AUGAGUAAAGCGAUGAGCAAAGAAGUAACAUUUUCUCAUUGCAUCAAAAUCUGGGAGCAGAAAAAUGGCAAGACCGAAACCAGAAAAAAAAUUAGUGAAGAAGAAGAAGUGAGCUUCAUUUGUCACAUUCCACUAAUAGAGAAAUUGGACAACAGCAUAAAUACACUUGAAAAGUGCAAGCGCUUGUCUUUGUCAACAAACCGAAUUGAGAAGCUCAUUCCGAUGUCAGGCUUGAAAAGCAUAGAGAUCCUCUCCCUGGGGAGAAAUUGCAUAAAAAAAUUUCAGUACCUGGAAGACAUAAGUGGAACAUUGAAACAGUUGUGGAUUUCCUACAACAGCAUUGAUAAGCUCGAUAAUCUACAAUCUCUUAAGAAGUUACAAGUCCUUUAUUUAUUUCAUAACAAAAUAAAGAGCUUAGAGGAGAUUGACAAAUUGAGUUCCCUUCCAGAACUGAUAGAAUUAGGACUUAAGGGAAAUCCCAUAUAUGAAGGAAAGACAAACGAAUAUAUGAAGUUGGUUAUUUUGAAAAAGCUGCCGCAGCUCAAGAUUGUGGACAACGAGACGAUAACUGAGAAGCAGAGAAAUGAUGCACUAACUGUUGAAAUUUGA